AGUGAGCAAAAUAAAAACUGUAAAUAUUGUGGUGGGACCAACCAAACAGAGUUUGAUCAGUACUUUUUUUUUUUUUUUUUUUUUUUGUUAUAAAUAGAAAGAAAGAAGUGUCUUUGGAGAUUCAUAGGACAUAGUCAUUAACAUCCAUUUUCAAUAAUCUUUACAUUUUUGGUGUCCUAUGAAUUUCCAGCUCAAUCAUCAACAACAAUAUCAAAGUUCUUGUUCUUGCUAAAAGACUUCACCUUUAAAUACAGUGCAUUGAGUUCUUCCAAAAGUUUUGCUUGAAGAAAAAUUCUUCAUAUUCCGUACUAGGUAAAUUCUUAUAUCAUUCUUUUUUUAUAACCGUGGUGUCUGGGCCAGCUUGCGCGCUCCUCGACUAGUUUCAUGAGCACCUGCUACCUCCCACCAAGACAGGUUCCUAUUCAUAAUGGGACUCUCACCAUAUACAACUCCAGCAGAUGCAGGAGUGUUCUGUGUGAUUCUGGUUAAUACAGCCAUAUCCAUCUCUAUUGUGAAGGGGAUGGUUCGAUCUAUUCUUCAUGUGAUUGGCAUCAACUUUGCAUCAUGGGAAGAAUAUUCUAUUGAAGGCCCGAGCUUGGACCCGUUUGAGUGUCGUGGGACCCCCUCGGGGUCAUACAUGGAGGAGUUCCGAAGCAGAACCCCUGCUGUUCGUUACGAUUCAUUGUGUAUAUCUAAUCACCCUACUGCACAAGAAUGCCCGGUAUGCCUGGCAGAUUUCAACCAUGAUGCAGAGAUAAACUGUCUCUCAUGCGGCCAUGUUUUUCAUAAGCUCUGUCUUGAGAAAUGGCUCAAAAGUUGGAACGUCACCUGCCCUCUCUGCAGGGAUUACAUUAUGCCUCAAGAAGGUGAGGAAGAUACUUGUCCAAUGUGAAUUUUAGUAGUUUGUGAGGCUACUCCAUCUGAUGUAUAGCUUAGUUGGGUAAAGGUUUUAUAAUUCUGUAACUUUUUAUACUGUAAUACUCUCUGCGUCCUAUCAUAGUGACGGGUCUCUUUGCUGCGACCAAGAAUUCAUACAUUGUUGUACAUAUGUUAUGAAAUUGAAUUUCCACUUCUGAUG